AUUUAAGGAGUGUAUGUGUUGUGUAGCUACAACUUGCAAGCAUAAAGGGUAAUGUGAAGUAGCAUUAAAGAUUCUCUUCUUCAAUAUGUGGAUCCGGAGAAUAGACUACCUAGAUUAUUCUGCACAUGAUUGUCUUCAUUUUUUUCAUGCUUACUCCACUCAUGAAUGCUGCAAUGCUGUUCAAUGGGGACCUUCAUGUUCUCAGAGUAUCAGGUGAGGAAGAAAAUAAAGGCCUGGUUUUCGAAAAAAUUAGUGCUUUACUUGGACUAGGGAGGUUUUACAGGAGGAAACAACAAUCUUCCCCAGUUGAGGCUCCGGCUCUGGCUCCGGCUCCAGCUCCUAUCUAUCAUCAUGCACAUUCUCAUCAUCGUCAUUCACACAGGGCGCGUAUUACUGCACCUAGGCGUCGCAGGAUCAACAAGGAGAGGAGUGAUCAAGGUAUAGUUACCAGAAACAUUGUAGUGUUGUUUAUUGUGUCUGCUAGUCUCGUGUUUGUGCUUCUGGGGAUUGUGUUCAUCUGGGGAUGCAAGAAAUUUAGAAAAACAAGGAAAGAAACAAGUAAGAUGGCAAUAUUACACAGCAGUGAUAUUGAAAAUUAUAGAAGAUCCAAGGGUGUUGGUAUUAUAGAAAAGGUGAAUAAAGAGAUGGCAAGAUCGGAGGCUCAGAAUGUUGGUUGUCCUGCUGUUGGAGACAUUGGUACUGGUAAUAGUGUUGAAAAAUCGUCUGUCGGUUGUGGCUCUCAGACCAGUGAUGAGAAAACUCUGAGGGAUGCUUGUUUAGCAGAUGAUGAAUCUUUCCAAUCACCGGAUGAUAUACAUUCAGCAAAUGCUCGAUUUUCCAAUGCUUCAGCAGAACCUCUUAGUGACACUUCAGAAACUGUACUCCAAUUUAAGCCUAGUUCACCAAUGGCCUCAUCAUUGUUAUCAUCUCUCCAGCCACCGCCACCUCCUCCACCCCCUCCCCCUCCCCUCAAUAGAAUUCACAUGUUUCCUUCCACGUCUCGUCCAGGUCCAACAACAUUGACAUCCGCAGCUCUAAGCUCUGCAUUUUCCAAUUUAAUGUUAACUAGCAAAGGAGAUCAGUUUUCUGAAUCAAGCCAAAAGUCUGAAAACAACUUGAAGGAUCCGUCCAAGAUUCCACAGCGCUUCCCUCCUACAUUUACACAAGGCCCACCUCCGCCACCAUCUCCACUCGAAAAAUAUAGUUCACUAGACAAAGAUGGUAACCAGUUACCAAAGCUGAAGCCGCUUCACUGGGACAAAGUUAGAACUGCACCUGAUCAUUCAAUGGUAUGGGACAAAAUCAGGUCGAGCUCAUUCGAAUUUGAUGAGGAAAUGAUCGAAUCACUAUUUGGGUAUGAUAUAAAAUAUUCUUCGAGGUACGAUGAAGCUAAGAGCCCUUCCCCCAAAAAACAUAUUCUUGAGCCAAAGAGACUUCAAAACAUUACCAUACUCUCGAAAGCUCUGAACGUGAGUGCUGAUCACAUCUGCGAGGCACUGAGGCAAGGAGCUGGGCUGGGUUUACAACAACUGGAGGCAUUAAUCAAGAUGGAACUCACUAAGGAAGAGGAAGGCAUGCUCACAAGCUACCAAGGAGACAUCGAUGGUUUAGGUUCAGCGGAGAAGAUUCUCAAGACAAUACUGCAUAUACCCUUUGCAUUUCCGAGAAUAGAAGCCAUGAUUUACAGAGAAACCUUUGAAGAUGAGAUAGCUCUUCUCAGGAACUCCUUCUCAAUGUUAGAGGACGGUUGCAAGGAACUACGAUCAAGUCGGCUCUUCCUAAAAUUACUCGAGGCAGUGCUUAAAACAGGAAACAGGAUGAAUAUAGGGACAGUAAGAGGAGGAGCCAGAGCAUUCAAACUUGAUGCACUCCUUAAACUCGCUGAUGUAAAAGGAGCCGAUGGCAAAACCACACUGCUUCACUUUGUUGUCAAAGAAAUUAUUCGUACAGAAGGAAUCAAAGCAUCUGAUAGCAUAAUAGGGAAGAUCAAUCAAAAAAACAGAAGCCAAACUUUUGAAGACAGAGAAGAAGCCUACAGAGAGAUGGGGCUAGACCUUGUUUCGGGUUUGACAUCAGAGCUCUUCAACGUGAGGAAAACAGCCAAUAUAGAUUUUGAUGCCAUUGCAAGCUCACUAUCAAAUUUAUUUCAUGGUCUGGCUCAGUUACAGCAUCUAGUACAGACAGAUUUGUCGAAGGAAGAAAUGAAUGGAAGUUUUGUGUUGUCAAUGAGAACUUUUAUAAGCUACGCAGAGAAAAAGUUAAAAGAAAUGAAAGAAGAUAAAGUUCGAGUUCUAGUACUUGUGAGAGAGAUGACCGAGUAUUUUCAUGGGAAUGUGAGCACAGAUGAAUCAAACCCUCUUCGUAUAUUUGUUGUUGUUCGAGAUUUUCUGGGUAUGCUAGAUCAUGUGUGCAAGGAAAUCAGGAACUCGAAAGCUCCACCUGCAUCUAAUCGUCUAGCUCCAUUCCAGUAGAUAGAACUUCUGCACUAGGUUGCUUGUAAUUAAGAAAGGCAAUUCAAAAUUUUCUCAA